AUGAUCCAGCUAAGCCAUUGCAAUGAUUCUACACUAGUAGCUCCUAGACCUGUCAACAAUUUGGCGCCAAUUCCUGUUCCGAAAUCAAAGGCCGCACAGGAUUUUAAAGACCAAAUGAGAAAAUUCAAAGCCGUUCCACAGCAAGCAUCAGUAAAAAAUCCGACGCCAGCAGUCCGUCAAAAUCAAAACAAGGAAAAUCAUAAAAAAGUAGAUGAAGAAAUGGAAUAUCAACUUCUGAUUGCCGCUGAAAAAGAACAAGAAAAGCGUUUCCAAAAAGAAGUUGAAGAAAUGAAAAUUAAGAACGAUAAGAAAGAGAAUUUGAUGAAAAUAGAGAAAGCUGAAAUGGACGAAAAGGCUGAUAUGAAAUUCAAACUGGAAUUUGAGAAGCAAGAGAGAGAGCAUGAGAUAAAUUUUAAAAAAGCGAAGGAGGAUAUUGAAAACUACGAGAGAGAAACCCAACGACUUCUCCAAGAACGUAUCAAAGUUUGGAAGGCGUGCAACGAUGCUUUCCUUGCUUGCAUUUAUAUUCAGCAGUUGUGGGAAGAGAAGGAAAAACAGUGGGCUGAUUGGUUGGAAUCAUUGAAAACCUCGAUCUCUGAAGCAAAAACAAGAUUCAAGUUAUUUGAAAGAGUCCUUCAGAACAUAAAUAGAAAUGGGCCAAAGUAUGAAAAAAUCGUGAACAGUGAACUCAAAAGCCUUCACAAAUCCACCCUCUCCGCUUAUUACCUGGUUUUCGAUGCGUGCAAAACUGUGAAGAAACUUGUGAACCGAUUUGAUGGUGUUUUCCUUAAAAUACUUCUGAAAAACUUGGUGACAAUCUCUAACAACCUUUGCACAGCACUAGAAAAUAUUGAUCAAUGCAUGUCUCAAAUCGAUUUGACCGAUCCAAUACAUCAUUCAUUCUUGGGUUUAUCAAGCUUUGAAGUUCCAUCGGUUUUUAUACUUCGAGAAGAUUCUAAGACGUAUCAGCCGGAUGGACUGCCAAUAGAAGAACCACGCGUCUAUUCUUCUUCAACUACUUUGAAUAUCACGGAAAUUCAUUGA